CUUUUAUUUUGCUUCCGCCGUAACGCAUUUCUUUCCGGCGUGGUUGCGCUCAGGUCUUUUCCUCAGACCUGAAUCAACAUGGGUCGCGUCAGAACAAAGACGGUGAAGAAGGCCGCCCGGGUCAUCAUUGAGAAAUACUACACCCGACUGGGCAACGACUUCCAUGUGAACAAGAGGGUGUGUGAGGAGAUCGCCAUCAUCCCCAGCAAACCUCUGCGCAACAAGAUAGCCGGAUAUGUGACCCAUCUGAUGAAGAGAAUCCAGAGGGGUCCAGUCAGAGGCAUCUCCAUCAAGCUCCAGGAAGAGGAGAGGGAGAGGAGAGAUAACUACGUCCCUGAGGUCUCAGCUCUGGAUCAGGAGAUCAUCGAAGUGGAUCCUGAUACCAAGGAAAUGCUGAGGAUGCUGGACUUCGGCAGCCUCCCCAAUCUGCAGGUUACCCAGCCCACCAUUGGAAUGAACUUCAGAACUCCCAGAGUCUAGAUUUCUCCACUUCAUACAGGAAUAAAAUUGGGAUAAAAAGAGACUGUUUUUAGUCGUGAUUUGCAAAAAAGGAACUAUUGCGUUUUGGUAAACGUGGAGUUUGGAGAAAAGUUGAACUUCUUUAAAUUGAGCACUGCCUACAGCUUCUGUGUGGCAGAUUAUUACCGUCCCUAUUCACAUUCCUGACUCCACUACUGACUAUAACUCACUCAUAUUGUGAAUUAAGUACAUUUAAAGUAAACGUUUAAAGACCUACUCAUAAAUUGGAACUGUUAACCAGAUUAACUGAAACUGUAAGACCACAUCCAGUCUGGACGCAGCUACAGCAUUUCUAAUGCUGAACAAAGCACCAUUAUAUUCUUAGCAUUUUAAUCAACAGGUAGAAAAAAAGAACAACAGCUGUCACUUUUAACUUGUAUGCAGAAACGUUUAUUGUUCUGCUGCUCUUAAGCUUUUUUCCCCUAAUAAAAGGUAAAUUUGGAAA